CGUUAUCAAGAAGACCUUUAGUUAAACGCAUUUCUUAUUUAGGUUACUGGAUCGGCGCUAAAAUUCAGUGAUUGCAUAUCAUUAGAUUGGUAAAGGUCGAUUCUGUGAGUGAAGUGUCUCAGUAAAACGCAUAAUUUAAUUAAAGAAAGCUGAAUCAUGGUUAAGCUCUGGAUACUCUGUCUGUUGGUGGUCGCGACCGCCGCUGUGCUGGUGGAAGGGAGAUCAUGCUCAAGGCGCGGUGGAGGCGCAGAUAUUCAGAUAAUCUGCAGGGAUGACAGCGAUAAUGAGAUCCGUUCAAACGACUGCGAGUCGUCAUCAUCAUCGUCUUCUUCUUCUUCGUCAUCAUCGUCCUCUUCUUCAUCAUCAUCAUCAUCGUCUUCGGAAGAAAAUAACAAAUGUCAAGAAAAGAAUAACGCCAGUUCGUCAUCAUCAUCAUCUUCUUCCUCUUCUUCAUCGUCAUCAUCAUCGUCAUCAUCGGAAGAAAACUGUAUUGAUGACGACAACAGCUCGGCAGACCACCACAAAAAGGGUCGUCACCACAGGGUCCGCAGAUGCAAACACUAAACCCUAUGACACUGGAGAAAAAAUGGAGUUGUGAAAAUGUGCAUGCAGCAUUUAAAAUGGAAUCAUUUAUAACUUACUUACGGCAAACAUUGUAUUUAAGUCGAACUGUAAUGAUAACUUAUAUAUGUCGCAGGCAUCUGGUUUAAUCUCCUUUUUGAUUGAACCACUAGCCCGUUCAUUGGAUGGCGCUAUUCAGUUGUAUGACUAAAGGACAACUCGUCAAGUUGUUGAUUGUGACUGAAC